AUGGCUGCUUCGAUAGACAGGGCGGGCGCAUCAGCCCUCAAACUUGACAGUGCGUCGUCGCCAUCACUCGCCUUCACAGCUUUUGAUCUGCCUUCGACCAACCAAAGGGUUCUCGGACAACCUCAUCCAAACGGUACGGUCAUCCCGCUAGCAUUGCGCCCCUCGACUCAUGGUGAUGCUGAGGUUGACCUCGAUACCGUCGUGGACACGAUCAAAUCUCUCCAGGCACAGGGAGACAUUCUGACCAAGAAACUCGCCUUGCAUGGGACGCUUCUAUUCAGAGGCCUCCCAAUUCAUAACGCAGAGGACUUCAGUAAAUUCGCCCACGCCUUCGGUUACAAGCCUCACGAGAUCAUCGGUAUCGUUGUGAAUAGACCGCUCCUGGCUCCCAACGUGGCCCCGGCCAAUGAGGCACCAAAAGAGGUGUUGAUCUACAACCACAAUGAAUCGCCACAGGUCCCCCACGCCCCAGAAUACAUCUUCUUCUACAGCCAUAAAGCCCCAGAGAUUGGCGGCGAAACACCCAUCUCCUCGUCGCUCGAGCUUUUUUACCGUGCGAAGGAAGAGAUUCCGGAGUUCAUCUCCGACUUGACAGAAAAGGGCAUUCGGAGCAAAGUCGUCUACAAGACCGACAAACAAUACGAGGGCGGUUCAACUCUCAAACAGGCUUUUGGUAAAGAAGUUCAGGAAGGGGACGAUGAGGCGACCAGACGUGCAAAGGUUGAGGCACAGAUCGCACGUUAUGGCAGGGGCAAGCACACCACCUGGGAAUGGACCGACGAGAAUACUUUGGUGCUCACUCACCGGCUUCCUGCAAUCCGAAAACAGCCUGAGACAGACUUGCCGACUCUUUUCACCGGGCUAGCUGCGUACUAUAAGAGUAACCAAAUCAACAAUAGUGUUACCAACGCGAGACAAAAGACUACUCAACAACUCUAUGGCGACGGGACGCCAAUUCCUGAAAAAUAUCUUGCUCAUCUGGCCAAGAUCACGGAUGAGAUCCGCGUGCUUCACAAAUGGCAGCGUGGAGAUGUGCUUGUUUAUGAUAAUAUUAUAGCGCAACAUGGCCGGCAGCCUUGGGGAGGAGAACAAUCCGAUCGCGUGGUCAUGGCAAGUCUCUUCGAUGGCGCCAAAGUCCCUGGAGCUUAUUCAGAUAGUGACUGGGCUCAAGUGGUUCAGGCACUUGAUGGAUGA